GCAUAAAUCGGUAGAUCGCGUUAGUGUUAUCGCGACGAACCGCACGAUCAUACUGGUGUUGGGGUUGCGAUAAAGCACGCACGAUUAGGGUGCGAUCGAGCGAUUUUCUAUUGAAAGAUCACGAGAACGUUUUGGUGAACAAAUAAUAGUGAGCCGUGAUUUGUGAAGCGAGUGAGAGAAUUUGUGAAGUUCCAGGAAUUAAACGACCGACAGAAACAUGAUUCGUUUAAGCUGCUCCGGUAGUGAUCCGUUGGUUCCGAUGCUUCUUGUGGUGCUGCUGCUCGCAUCGACCGGAAAUGCGGCCAAUGUUUAUUCGUCCAGUUCGGGUGAAAAUCGUAGCAAUUCUCCUUCGCAACACUGCACCGAUUUUAAUCCCCAGCACGGGCUUGACAUCGAACAGAUUAUGGGCAUCUGGUACGGCAACGAAGUAAUCACACACGAUAGCCGCGAAGAGGGUGAAGUGGUGUACCGGACCUGCGUUGUAAUCCACCUGGCAGACGUGACGAACGCGACGGCCUCGGUUUACGACCAACCGCCCCAGGUGUAUUCCGGCCGAAGCAACCCGGCGGGAACGAACUACGAUCGCUUCGGGACGUCGUACGGGUACGGGUCGAAUGAUGGCCGCAGCGGGGGCAGCUCGUACGAGCAGCACCGCCGUCAGCAGGGCCAUCAGUACCAGCAGCAGGAACCGCGCACCAUGCGUAAUUUGCGCCUGAUUUGGGACGAGUCGGAACACACGCUCGAGUACACGCUGCGCUACAAUACGUCGAAGCCGGGCUUCUGGAUCGCGGCCUCACCCCAGUCCGGCUCGAUGAUUCAGCUGCAGUACGUCCAGUUUACCGGCACGGUGCAGGUGUUGAAAGCGAUCAACAACCAGCUGGUGCUCAACUUCUGCCAGAGCUUGCCCGGCGGUCAGCUGUUCACGAUCGUGCUGUCACGGCUUCCGAUGGGAUUGGGACCGGAGGAUAUCCAAAGCAUUCGGAACCUGCUGAGACGUCGCGGACUUUCGACGACUUCUGUGCGAAAAGUCUGCCAAAAUGGUGCCUUUCGGAGUGACGUUUCGAUGAUCGCGCUGGCGGUAAUGGCCAUCGUAACUGUCCUAGUCAAACGGUUGCACUGAAGUGUCGAACGUGGUGCGACCGAUACCUCUUCAUCAUUUGUGCCAUCCGUUUUCAUUAGUGUCCAAGGCCCCAACAUUACAUUCCUACUUCAGUUCAUUCCAAAUGUCCUACUUUCAUCUUUAUGUUUUUUUUCCGGGUUUUACAGAAAACAAAAUUGCUCCAGCAUCAUUCUGCUCAUCCGUGUAAAGUAUUUAUGAGUUUAAAUUCUUGUGCAAAUGUCCAUCGGUUGCCUUCUAAUUGUAAGCCUUGUGGAAAGAAAUAAAUGGUACCGUUUGUAUAACGAGUUUGCAAAAAACAAAGACAAAAAUGUUCGGAGUUCGGAGUAAGUCUGUUUGUAUCGCCUUGUUUACAAG